GUGCUAGAUUUCGCCCAGUACCACCAACUAAAGGCCCGUGCAUUGCGGGGUGUUGGGAAGCUGGAAGAGGCUAUCAAGUCCCUGAAGAUGGCGAUGGGGAUCCACGCAGCGAGUGUGAGAGAGUCCCACGUCAGCAACAGUGAACGUGUUACUGUGUUCCUGGAGCUGGCUGAGGCACUGAGACUACACGGAGAACCGCAUGAGUCGACCAUGGUGCUGCAGGACGCUAUGGUGGCGUUCGCUGGUACCCCCGAGGAGAUCUGUGUGACAAUAGCUAACGUGGACAUGGCCUUGGCUAGAGAUGACCUGGACACAGCCCUCAGCGUCCUCMGAGGCAUCACACCGGACCAGACACACUACACAGCGGCCAAGGAGAAGAUGGCCCUCAUAUACCUGCAGAGACGCAAAGACAAGAAGCUGUACAUAGCCUGCUAUAGGGAGAUCAGAGAUGAACUACCCGGGCCUCAGUCCUCUAUCCUUCUGGGGGACGCCUACAUCAACAUACAAGAGGUAGAACAAGAGCUGCUCAUCUGUAGCUCA